AUGACGCGUCAGCAACAGGCCACUGAUAGCAGGGCGUUAGCAGUCCCCGCAGAGCAACAGCAGCAGCAAUGGCAUCGGACGCCACAGCACAGCCAGCAGCAGCAGCAGCAGCAGCAACAGCAGCAAGAAGCAGAGCAGCAGCAGCAAAUUCUUCCCUUACAGGCCCUUCUGUCCGAAUUCAUUUCCAGCACGUCGUCGACUAUGGCGCACCAGCCGGCGCCACUCGCGCAGCUGUUCGGGUCAUUCUGUAGCAGCAGAAGCAGCAGCAGCAGCAGCAGCAGCAGAGGGUGCAGCAUGCAAACACUGCAUGCACUGCAGGAUCACGGAGCUUCCCUGCGAAGCCCCGUUGCUACUGCAGCAGCAGCAGCAGCACGACGAAAACAGCAGCAGCAGCAGCAGCACGACGAAAACAGCAGCAGCAGCAGCAGCAGCACGACGAAAGCAGCAGCAGCAGCAGCAGCAGGAGCCCGCACGGAAGGGUUGUUGCUGAGGGGGUGCAGCUGCUGCUUCUGGUGUCUGCGAAUGGCGGAAGAAACGGACUGCAGCACGCGGCUGCCUUGCUCUCCCCCCAGGCCAGCUUUUGCUGCUGUUUCGGAAGCAGCAGAAAGCCAAGACAGCACUGCGCCCCCCACAGCCCCCAGACGCGCGGGCGGCGGCGACGUCUGCAGCAGCAGCAGCAGCAGCAGCAGCAGCAGCGCUGGCGGGGAGGGGGAUGAGCCGCAGCCGCGAGCGCGAUGA